AUGUCCAGAAAGUAUCUUGAUCGACUUACAGAAGGCUCCAUGGUCAGCUCCGAAAAGGUCAAAUCUAAAUUUGGCGAGAAAAUGCUGAAGAAGAUGGGCUGGAAAGAAGGAGAAGGCCUAGGAAAAAACAAAACUGGAGAAGUCGAGCCUAUUCAGGUCAGGAAAAGGAAAGAAAACCUUGGAGUCGGUGGCGAGGCUACGACAAAGCCAAAGUGGAACCACAACUGGUGGGAGGAACUCUUCAAUGACACAGUUAAGAACAUUAAAGUUGACAUUCCUAGAAAAAGAAUAAAAGUUGAAAGUUAA